AUGGGUUCCGGAGAAAAACCCACAGUCGCUCCGGCGGCGUCCUAUUCCCAUGACCCUGAGUCCGGCGAUGUCAAGUCGGGCACCAUGCAGGCCAUGGUGGAGGCCGACCUGCUAGAUGAGCGAUACAUGAAUACCCAGCGCGGGCUCAAAAAUCGACAUGUACAACUGAUGGCAUUGGGAGGCACAAUUGGUACCGGUCUGUUCGUGGGUUCCGGUCAAGCGCUAGUCAUUGGUGGGCCGCUGUCUCUGCUCCUGGGCUACACCUUCAUCUCGGCACUCAUUUAUGCGAUUGUGACUGGAAUCGCUGAGGUUGGGGCCUACAUGCCGGUCCAUGGUGGCACCAUGAGCUAUCAUGGCUUUCGCUACGUCUCACGGAGUUUGGGUUUCGCCAUGGGAUACCUUUACUGGUACUCGUUGGCGAUUCUGGCAGCCUAUGAAAUCGUCGCCGCGUCCAUGGUCAUCGACUACUGGCCCAAUAGCGUCCACAUCGCCGUGUGGAUCACCAUCAUGCUCGUGGUCAUUGUAGCACUCAACUUUCUUCCGGUCGGCGCCUACGGGGAGAGCGAAUUCUGGUUUGCCGGAAUCAAAAUCAUCACCCUCAUCGGCCUUCUCCUCCUCUCCUUCAUCCUCUUCUGGGGCGGCGGUCCGAACCGUCAGCGUCUCGGCUUUCAUUACUGGAAAGACCCCGGUGUCAUGAACACAUACCUGGUCAGUGGGGAUCGCGGUCGCUUUGUUGGUCUCUUGCAAUGCAUCGUCAAGAGUGCCAUCGCGUUCCUCUUUGCCCCCGAACUCGUGGUCAUCAGUGGCGGCGAGAUGGAAUCUCCGCGCCGGAACAUCCCUAAGGUUGCACGUCGCUAUAUCUACCGACUCGUCAUCUUCUACUUCCUUGGUUCGCUCGCGAUCGGCGUCAUCUGCCCUUCCAACGCCAGUGAGUUGGUAAACGGUGACGGCCACGACGCCUCGUCCUCCCCCUUCGUCGUCGCGAUUGCCAACGCCGGAAUUCCCGCACUGAAUCACAUCGUCAACGCGGCCAUCCUUACUUCCGCCUGGUCGGCCGGAAACUCCUUCCUCUACAUGUCUUCCCGCUCGCUCUACAGUCUUGCGGUGUCGGGCAAUGCUCCCAGAGUCUUCAAAACCUGCAACCGGUGGGGUGUCCCUUACUACGCGGUCGGCGUCUCUUCCCUCUUCCUCUUUCUCGCAUACCUCUCUGUCGGGAGCGGCAGCAACACGGUCUUCAACUGGCUGAUCAACUUCACCAACACCUCCGGAUUUAUCAGUUGGACCUGCUGCGGUAUCAUCUACAUCCGGUGGAAUAAGGCCAUCCACGUGCAAGGCAUCGAGAAGCCCUACCGCUCCGUCAUGCAGCCCUAUGGCAUGUAUAUCGGCAUGGGUGGCGCGAUCUUCUUGGCGCUAAUCAACGGCUUCACUUGCUUCUUCCCGUCGGAAUGGUCCGCGUCCAACUUCUUCACCGCUUACAUUGGCAUUCCCGCCUUCCUCGUCUUGUACGCCGGUCACCGGAUUUUGUUCUGGCAGGAUCCAUGGGCGUGGCGACCAGAAGAGGUGGACUUGCAAACUGGAUUACAGGAGAUUUUGGCGGCGGAGAAACCACCCCGACCGAGGGAUACGUGGGGAAGGAAGCUGAUGGCGCUGGUCGAAUGA